CUAAAGGCCAUGGCUUCACCAGCCCGCAGCUUUUCGGCACCGGCUCUCAACCUGAGCCCGGUCAAGAACCAUGUCAUCAACCAGCUGGCCUUCUCGCGCAUCCAUUCGCUGCCGCUGUCCACUAUUCACAGCAACCUUCCUGCCGAGCUGCGAGGUGCCAUGGUCAAGCCAUCUGAUAAUGAGAACCAGAAAGUGCUCACCACAGGAGAGCUCAAGACUCUGCUUGAUGACAUUCCAUGCGUUGGCGAGAUCCGCCGUGAAGGCAAAGAUGCCGCCGGCAAGCUGCUCGAGAGCGAAUUCUACUAUGUUCCUGAGAUGGACACAGAUGUCAAUCGUCGUGACACAGUGACGCAUAGUCUGGGUAAAACCAGCAUUCGCGCUGCUCGAAAGCAGCACAAGGUAUGUCGUGAGCCUCCACAUCAUUCGACCAACAUAGACUGACAUGCUUCACAGCAAUACUACUGGAAGCGCCCACGCUUCUGAAUGUCAAGAGCAUCCUUCCAGCACGAGCGCAUCACCGCGCAUGUCAGAAAACAUCGAUACCAUGAUCGUCCUUUCCCGUUCCGUUCUGUUUGGUUGGAUUCGGAUUCCCAUUACUGCAUAGCGACACCGUUGGUUAACAUGGUGGCCAACGAUUCCCCUUGGGCGUGUUUCUUCAUCGCAUUUCGACGGCGUUUCGGGUCGCUUCGCGGCGGUGAGAGGUUUCCGUACAUGGUCUGCGCGAUGCAGGGUUUGUUUCGAUUUAUGGCACGACAUCAGGAAUGGAGGCAUCAGG